AAAUUAGUGCCAUAUGAUUGGUUCUGCAGGCUGGUGGGUUUUGCUUUGUGAAAGAUGGCCUCUGGACUUUGUGUGAGGGUGCUGUUGCUCUCACUGUUGGCCUUCAGCAAGCAUGCUGAGUCUCUUACUUACAGGAGUACCUACUCCAGUGGUAUUAAGCCUUACUCUGGGAUGGCUGAGAAUUUUCCACACAACCAGAAUCCUGUUUUCAGACAUAAGAGCUAUGCACAACCCCGAAGUUCUCUGGGUGUUUAUGGGCCUGAACAUGGGUCACCUGAGAAUUCUUACCCCACUGCUGCAGGUAUGCCUGGUGGUGCUGGUGCUUCCUCUGGUGGGCCAUUAAAUGGUUACCAUCAACAAGGAAGCGUGUCUAGCUACAGAUCUGGCUCAUCACAUUACCAGGGGGAUACUGAUGGUGCCCUCCAGUCCAAAGAUGCCAUGUGGGGUUUAGCUUCACCCCAGAAAAGAAACCGGAUUGACACAGGAAUUGUCUCAAGUUAUCCAAUUGAGAUGCGUUCUGUGCCCCCGUGGCAAAGUAAUGAGCACCAGACCCAGCCACACCCUGAGCGAGAACAGUUUAGCGACUUUCAGUCUCGCCCGCUGCCCCAGCAGCCGCGCUACGAGGCCAGCAAGCCCCAGGCCCGGCCUUUCCCCCAGCAGCCGCGCUACGAGGCCAGCAAGCCCCAGGCCCGGCCUUUCCCCCAGCAGCCGCGCUACGAGGCCAGCAAGCCCCAGGCCCAUCCGCGCAGUGAGGCCAAUUCUCCAAGUGAAGAUGUGCUGCAAAACAAAGCUAGCAUGUGGGACUUGGCUAUUAACUCCAAUGCUGAUCCAAGAAGUUUGAGACCCAUUCAAGUUUCAUCAAGUUAUCUCUACAGCUGGCCACAGCAACAGGCACCCUUCUACAACAGAUAUUAACAAUAGGUUUCUGACCUCACCUGUGAACAGCUGGUUUUGGCUUGGCAUCAGAUUUUGUGAUAUCAAUAAAGUACACAGAACUACA